ACUCCUACUGUGCUGCAAAGAGGUGUGUCGGUCACGUAGGAGUACUCACUUAUCCCACGGAUAGCAGAGGAAAGUGGCCAACGACGUGAGCUCCGUAUCGCUCCACCCCAAAGCAACAGACCCGGAAGCCAUGGCGACGGCAACAGCACAAUACGGCAAACUGCACCUGAAGACAAACUUCAAGGUCGCAACCACAAUCGAGUCCACAUACACCGGCGGAAAAGCAGUCGUCACAGCCGAUGAGCGCUUCCUCAUCACCCCCGUCGGCGACGACGUCAACGUCAUGGACCUCGCCACCGGCCACCAGGUGUUCAGGCUGAAAGGAGAGUCGGACGUCAUCUCCUGUCUCGCCGUAAAACCGGACGGGGAACACUUGGUCAGCGCGAGUCAGAGCUUGCUGCUGAAGCUGUGGGACUUGGAGACGGGAGACGAGGUGCGGAGUUGGAAGGCACACGAGGCGCCGGUGAUCGCUAUGGAUUUUGAUGCAACGUCGACGUUGGUGGCGACUGGGUCGGCGGACAGCACAGUGAAGGUGUGGGAUGUGGACGGAGGGUUCUGCACACACAACCUCAAGGGGCACGGGGGUAUCAUCAGCGCCGUUAAGUUCCACUCGGACAAGAAGCGUAUUCGGCUGGUGUCUGGUAGCGACGACUGCAAGAUCCGUGUGUGGGACCUGCACAAACGGGCGUGCGUCGCGGUUUUGGACAGCCACGUCAGUGUGAUAAGAGGUCUCGAUUUCAGCUUGGACGGGUCCCUACUGGUGUCGGGAGCGCGAGACAAGGUGCUGAACGUUUGGAAUAUGGGCACCUACGAACUCGAAAAGACCCUGCCGAUCUACGAAUCCGUCGAGACGCUCGGUGUCUUGCCUGCAGACUCGCCGUUUGCGGAAAAGGGGAACUUGGUGGUCUACACGGGCGGAGACAAGGGUAUCAUGAGGAUAUGGGACGUGGCAUCAGGGACAUGUCUCGCCACCCAGGCCGCAGAGGAAAACAACAAGCACGAGAUCUCAGGGUCGGUCUACCUGAAUAGCACGCAAACCCUCGUUGCAAUAACCACCGACCAGAACCUCCUCUUCUACGAUGUGACGGAUAACCUUAAACGAGUCCGGCAGAUCGCAGGAUACAACCAAGAAGUCCUCGAUCUCGCUCUGGUGGGCAAAGACGACAGCCACCUCGCCGUCGUAACCAACACCGAACAGCUGCGCGUCUACAACCUCUCCACCAUGGACUGCGACAUCCUCUACGGCCACACCGAGAUCAUCAUGUCCGUCGCCGCCUCCCGCGACGGCACGAUGCUCGUCUCCGGGUCACACGACCACACCGCGGUCGUAUGGCGAUUCAACGCUGAUGAGGAGGAGAACGCAGACAACAGGUGUGUCAAGGUCGGCACCUGCGUAGGCCACACCGAACCCGUCAGCGCCGUCGCCUUCCCGCGCAAAUCCAACGGCUUUGUCAUAACCGGCUCUCACGACCGUACCAUCAAAGUCUGGGACAUCCCGAUCACCCCCUCCUCAUCCUCUGAACCCGUAAAACUAAAAACCCGCUACACGUUCCAAGCCCACGACAAAGACAUCCAAUCCAUCGCAGUCGCUCCCAACGACAAAGUCUUUGCCUCCUGCGCCCUCGACAAGACCGCCAAGUUGUGGUCAACCGACGACGGCCGCCUCCUCGGAACAUUCAAAGGCCACCGUCGCGGGCUGUGGAGCGUCGCCUUCUCCCCCGUCGACCAGAUCCUCGCAACCUCCUCAACCGACAAGACCAUCAAGCUGUGGAACGUGACCGAUUUCUCCUGCGUCAAGACCUUCGAGGGCCACACCAACUCCGUCCUCCGCUGCGCGUUUCUGUCCGCGGGGAUGCAGCUCGUGUCCUGCGGGAGCGACGGGCUCCUCAAGCUGUGGACGAUUCGAACGAACGAGUGUGUGGGCACGUUGGAUGGACAUGAGGACCGGAUAUGGGCGCUGGCGGUCACGAAGGACGAGACACGCGUUGUGUCCGGGUCGUCGGAUUCGACCGUCGUCGUGUGGGAAGACGUGACGAUCCAGGAACAGGAGGAGAAACAGAAGGUGCAUGAGGAGCAGGUCUUGCUUGAACAAGACCUCUCAAACUACCUCCACACCCGGGACUACAAACGCGCGAUCCUCCUCGCGCUCCGCCUCUCCAAACCCCACCGCCUGCUCGCGCUCUUCACCGACCUCCUGCACACGCGCCCGGACCGCGACUCCACAACCGGCUCCCUGGCCGUCGACGCCCUCCUCCCGCGUCUCUCCCCGCCCAACCUCCUCAAACUGCUCACCCAUCUCCGCGCGUGGAACACGAACACGCGCCACGCGAGGGUCGCGCAGACGCUGCUGUAUGUGAUUCUGCACGGCGUGCGCCCCGAGACGCUGCUGGGACUACGGGGCGGGAGGGAGGUCGUGGAGGCGCUGGUGGUGUAUACGGAGCGGCAUGAGCGGGCGGCGGGGGAGGCGGUCCGGGGGAGCUUUUUGGUGGAUUGGACGGUGGAGAGGAUGGGCGGGUUGGAUGCGGUGGACGACGAGUCCACGGAGGAGGCGAUGGAGAACGGAGAGGGGGAUGAAGUGAGGAGGUGGAUUGAGAAAGCGGGGGUGGGGAACGGGCAUGUGCAUGGCGCAGGGGCGAUGUUGGAUGGGUCGUCGGAAGGAGAGGAGGAUGACGAGGACAGUGAAGACCAGGACGAGGCCGAGGACGAAGACGCUAUGCAGGUCGACACGUAAACGCCCGGAUGUCCC